CUUCGGCCGCACGAUGGCGCGCUUUCCUAUGGUGGCCGAAGAAAAAUGCAAGGCUUGCUCUGUGGAGGAACUGAAGCUGUGCAGGAGUAAUUUGUGUUGCUAUGUGCCGCUUCGGAACAAUGUUUGGAGGUACUGAACGAAGCUCUGCAUUCAGUGUCCACGCGUCCUCUUCCUGCACGGAGCAGGACUCUGCUGUAGAAAGAUUGCCUUCUCCAGAAUAUGCCUUGUCUCCAUGGUAACAGGCCUAAGACAGACCCAGACCAACUUCAGGCCAAACUCAUCCAAUCUUGUCCAACUUACCUAAUCCUGGACUGUAAUAAAGAGGAAAAAAAUCCACUCAAUUAGUCAUUCUUGAAAUAUUAGUAAGGUUCUCUAUUAUGUCUCGUAGUUAUUUUAACAAUUCGGGUGCAUUCACAUGACCCAGAAUGCCGAAAAUAAUGGAAACAAACUGCUGUGCUUGAAACUUUGUCAUUUUAAAAGCUGUACAUUCUACUUUUUGGUGAUCACAAUGCAGAGGACUUUGCUUACUCUUUAAAUGGUCCCACCAUAAGGAAAACUUAAUUCAAAAGUUAGCUUUCCUUGAUCAUUAUGUCAGGGAUAAUUUUAUUCACAAUUAAGGGUUCUUAAACUGGGCGGCACCUAUCCCAAACUGGUCAGAAAGGAGUCCUAAACCAGGACCAGAAUGCACCAGCUAUUCAGCCAGGUGCUGGGGCAGAGGGAUCUGUCCAGAGCGGGAGAUCUUUUUUCUCUGGAGGACACAGAGAUCGAAGCCUGUCUGUCUCAGGCUCUUGAACAGAUCAAGGCCAUCUCCUGCUCACAGGACUAUUUGACCAAUGAUAAUGACCAGGCAGUGGUGGAGAUUUGCAUAACGCGCAUCACCACGGCCAUAAGGGAGACAGGCUCCAUCGAGCAACACAGCACAGCUCUGGUGGGACUGUGGGAGUCGUGUCUUGAACAUAACCUCACCCCGCAAGGUGAAAACACAGAGGACACGCCGCAUGCCAAGAUAGCCUCCGACAUCACCAGCUGUAUCCUGCAGAACUACAGUUGUCCUUCGGUCAUGGUGCUGGCUGUCCCAGUGGCGGUGCGGUUCCUGCAGAGAGGGAACAGGGAGCUGAGCAGGAACAUGUCUAGUUAUCUCUCCCUGGCUGCCAUCGCCAAGGCUGAUCUGCUGGCUGAACACACAGAGGCCAUAACGCUCAGUGUCCUGGGAGGUAACCACAUGCUGUUACGAGUGUUGCCCUCAGUCUACCCCAGACAAUUGGAUACCAUCCACUCUCACCUAGGCAACCUCACUGCCAUGAUGUCACAGCUGGAAUCCCCAGAACAACAGCACCUGAUCAGACUCAUUCAAAUUGUUGCUGAGCAACAUCCACUUAUGUUAAGCCCUCAGGUGCCCACACUAGUCAGUUACCUAGGAGACCAAUCCCUAACUGAUGCCCUACUGGGUGCGCUUGUGGACGUGUCUCAGGCCAGCCCUUCCUCACUGGUCAGCUUUCUGCCAACGCUGAGAACGGUUGGACAAAAAUACCCUGCUCUCCUGGGUCACAUUGCCAAAAUCCAUGGUGCCGUGGGUAUCAUCAGUGAGACUCAUGCUCACAGCUCGUUGGUCUACCUGGUGUCCUGUCUGGGCAACAUGGAGCACAGCUUUCACCACACAUUGCUGCUGGAAAUCAGAGCUCUGGCCGAUCGUUACCCAUCUUUACUGGGAGGCUGUGGUAAAGACAUCUACAGGAUGAGCAACUCGUUUACUGCUAUAGCCCGACUGCUGGGGAGAAGACUGGAGGAGAACACAGUUAUCCAGUGCAGGGUGGACCAGUCAUGCCCGCAGUCUCCCUGUGCAUAUCUUCCGGAGGGAGGCGGGGGAGGUAGUGGGUCAGAGGAGCAGCUGCAGGUGAAGAUCCAGGCUUUCAAUGAGAAAAUGGCAGAGGAGGGGGAAGAGGAGGAGGUGGAGGUGGACUCUCCGGCCCCCCAGAGACGCUACAGCCUGAGCCAAGCCGUCAGGGAAGAGAGACAAGAAAUGAGAUUCAACAGGUCAAAGAGCCUGGCUCUGCACGCUGUGCGCUCACGCUCCAUCAACUCAGACACCGGGGAGGACGGUGAGGGAUUGGAGCCAAGCCCAGACCACAUCUCCUCCAACACAUUGGUGAAUUCACACUCAAAAAACCAGGAAGCACUUAUUGCUGAGAUGAAAGUGACGGAUGACGGUGCGAUGCCCAUUACCACUGCCCUGGACAGAGGGGUCAAAGAGGCUGAGAAAGUUCCAAGCAGAGAGAAGGGGGAGCAGGAGGACGCCGACAGACUCUUCAUCCAUUUAAGAGACAAUAUGGUGACGAUCAGAGAGUUCUGUCGAGACAUGGUGCAGCAGAUCCCCGUACCAGAGCAGUGUGCGAUAGAAGAUUCAAAUCGAGGAUGUGUGGCCAAGCUGUCGUUCUCCUGUCCUCUUAAGGGCCACUACUGUCUGUAUGCAAAGUCCUGCUUCAACCUGACCAGCCGACAGCCUCAUCUUUGGAUUCACAUCAUGCUGCUACAUCUGCAGAGUAAGUCCAGUGUUGCUCUGUGCUCCAGGGAUGAGUGUGUCAUAAGGCUUGCCUCCAUUUGGGAGAAAACACAGUUAAAAGGUGCUCACAGCUUCCUCAUGGCCAUGACACAGAACACCACCCCACAUGGGAAGGACCUGGAGAGUCUCCAGAUUCAGCUUGAGGAGGUCCGUUUCUUUGACCUGUUUGGCUACAGUGAGGAAGAGGGAGGUUGGCUCUGCUUCAUGUGUAACAAUCCCGAGAAGGCCACAGUUGUAAACCAGGAGGGACAGCCUCUGAUUGAGGGGAAGCUGAAGGAAAAGCAGGUCCGCUGGAAGUUCAUCAAGCGCUGGAAAACCCGCUACUUCACCUUGGCAGGAAAUCAGCUACUCUUCCGAAGAGGAAAAUCAAAAGAUGAGUUGGAUGACAUCCCUAUUGAGCUGAGCAAGGUGCAAAGUGUCAAGGUGGUAGCCAGGAAGCGGCGUGAUCGGGGUUUGCCGCGGGCAUUUGAGAUCUUCACGGACAGUAAGACGUACGUGCUGAAAGCUCAGGAUGAGAAACACGCUGAGGAGUGGCUGCAGUGCAUAAACGUCGCCGUGGCGCAGGCAAGAGAGAGGGAGAACAGAGAGGCAACCACCUACUUGUGAGAACAGUUAACUGAUGAGGACACAUACUGUACAUGUGCAGACUAUACAUGCCAUGCAUACAAACAAGCAUACACUGAGUAAUAUUUUGUUUAUCUGUACAUAGAAUCUCACAACAUCCACUGCCAGGUGCAUAACUUUGAAUCUGUAAUCAGUUAUAUACACCUGAACUAUCAACAACAAAACACAUUUUUUUGCAGUAUCUUUCUUUAAAUAAACCAGCAAUAAAAGACUUACUGUAUGUAUGGUGUGUAUCCAACCAGAAUGAUGUUACUGUUACUCACUGUCACACCAUGGAAUCUCCGAUGCAUCUACAGCUGUGGACCAUCAUACAUGUACAGUAUUAAGUGUUAAAAGUUGAAGUGACACAUGAUCUUCACCUGACUGGAUACAGGAAAGGCCAUUUAACCUUCUUCUGCUUGAGCCCCGACACUACUAUGAGCUUCAACAACCAAUGACAGCCAGCAUAUGUGGAAACUUGGGAUUUGAUGAGUUUAAUGAUGCAUGAUAAUUGACAUGUAUUUGAGGCCAUAGUAGUAUUGAGGACUAAAGACUUGAUAGAAGCACAGACCUCAGGACUUGAAGCACUGACCACUGAACAGUUUUUCUUAGAAGGAUGAGGAAGAAGAGCCUAAUGGACAGCAUUCAGUACUCAAUGUGUUCUACUUAAUAGAGAGGAUGUUGUACCCUUAAAGUAAUAGUUCAACAUUUUGGAAAAACGUGAUUCACUUUCUUGCCAAGAAUUAGAUGAGAAGAUGGAUUUGACUUGUGAUCUGUACACUAAUUAUAAAGCUACAACCCAAAGACAAUUAGCUUAGUAUAAAUGCAGAGGGAAACGGCCAUUGUAGCAUAUUAUUAAUUGUACAAUCAGAAGGCUAUAAGCUGCAGUUGAUUCCAACAUAUUGACCUACGCACCCAUACUUUGAACAUUUGACCAAGGG